UCAGCCUUCGGCCCACAACAGCAACACAACUACUCUACUCCUUUUCACCACUUUACAAGUGCCUCAAGGAGUGGGGGACUGGAGGACCCCCUCGGGAAAAUCAUUAAAUUACAAAAUUAGUAAAAAUCCAACAAACGACAAGGCAAGCCCUCAAGUCCCGACAUGUGGGUAACUGAGGGACUGCCUUCGGCAGGGGCAUAAAAGCAACAACUCCUCACCAACUUCAGAGAUCACGACGGGACAACAUCAAAGGGCAAGCACAAAUUACUCCUUUUCCCUCAAGUACCUUUCGGCAAAAGGAGUGAGGGACUCCUGAUGGAGUAUAUGGCCCGGGAACCCCCGGCCCACAGACUCCUACUACUCCUUUAGAGGCCCAACAGGCCCAAAUCACAGCGCCCAGAGUACCAAGCAGCCCACACUACGCGCCAGGGGUGCCUUCGGCCCCCUGGCCGAAGGCUCUAAACUCUCGCAGAACGGGUUUCUCAAGAAAAUUAAGAAAUUGGGAGAAAAACGGCGAAAACAGUAGCCCUCGGCACUGUGAGCCCUCGGGACCAGGGUGCCAUCGGUUGGAGGAGCCCUCGGCUACUGCUCUAUAGCCGAAGGCAUCUCACUCGACAAGAUAUCCGCCUCACAUGCGUACAGAUCACCGUACCCCGCACAGACGUCCCAUCCAACAGCCGCAUUAAAUGCGGCCACAUGCGGCUGCCAGCGCCAACCAGUUGAGGUGACCCCUCGGCCAAUGAGCGCUUGACACGUGUCCCUGCCCGGCAUUUAUUGCUACUAUAAAUAGCACCCCAUUUCCCCAUUUGUAACCACGCUGAAAACGCUCCACAUUUAUAAUACACUCUCUCUCUCUACAUUUACUUGCUCUGACUUCUCUCUAAGUUAUUCCCCGCAAUACCCUUCGGAUAUAUACCCCCGGGUAGACUAUCCAUCAAGUUAUUAACUAUAAAACAACAUGAAGGAAAGUCACGAAGGAAAGAUAAUAGAAUAAGAAGAUUACAGUAAAAUGCUUUUUAAUGCUUCUCUUAUUUCUAUAUUUUUGUGAAUCAGAGCAUGGAAGACAAUGAUGAUUUCACUACACCUCCUCUAUCUUCAACACCAUUCCUGCGGUCAUCCAUGAAAGUCUCAUCCACCCAUAAACCUAAGCAUAUGUACAAGAGGCUGGUGAAAAAGUCCAUAGUCUAUAAGCCCAUAAAAAACAGGAAAGUAAACACAUAUUCUAGGUUGUUUGACUCAGUCUCUUUAGUAAAGCAGAAGUUAGAACCUCAUCCAAUGCAACUGUUUAGGAAAACCGUCUUUGACCCGUUCCUAGAUGCUAGGAAAAUGUGUUGCAGUGGUCUACUCAUACAUUAUCUGUUAGGGAAUUUGGUAGAGGUUGAGAAUGUUGCCAAUCCUUUUCGUUUGUACUUUGAGAUUCAGCAUAGGGUUGUUCAUUUCUCUGUGUUAGAUUUCACCACUAUUCUUGGGUUGAAUUACCAUGAUACUGUCCCCACUGUCGAACAAGAAUCUUCCUACCGAGGUGCGUUCUGGCUCAAAUAUUUCCCCACCAAUUAUAGAGUCACACGUAGUGAUAUUAAGUCACUAUGCCAAUCUUUGGUCAAGGGUACGGAGACUGAUGAAGAUAUAAUUAGACUUUCACUAAUAUAUGUCCUAUCUCAUUCAUUCCUCUCUGCUCACCCAAAAAUUGCACUAAACAGUUCAUAUCUAAACCUAAUCGAUGAUAUAGAUGCUUUUAAUAGUUAUCUGUGGGGUAGGGUCAUUUGGAGUGAUAUGGUUUCUUGCUUUAAAAAUGGUGCUAAUUGUCUGAAGUUAAAUGAAGCACAUUAUAAUGUGUAUGGUUGUGUUGUGGCUCUCCAAGUAUGGGCUUUUGAGAGUUUUCCAGGUCUAAGAGAAGUUGGCUUGGCUCUGUUAGUUGAUCGAGUUGCGUUUCCAAGGGUUUUAAGAUGGACGUCUGCCAAGAAAAACCAAACACCUUGAACUGCUUCAUCUUCAGCAACCCAAAUUUUGUGUUCCAGCCUAUUACCCCCUCCACCAUAGAACUGAAUCACGACAAUGUUCAUCGAGCUGGAAUUCUUGUGGAUGCAAACCCGCCCGUCACUCCCAUACCUACAUCAAAACUAACCCCAUGCUCAACCUCUGAGAAAACCAAAGCAAGAAGAAGUCAAAGGUAUCCGUGGGGGCUAAGAAACAAUCAACAAGGACACAGAACUGCAGGGGGGAAGAACGAUGUGUUGAUAUGGCAGAUCAUUUUCCAUGCUCUGAGUUUGUAGCCAAGAUUGCUUUAUUCAAUGACGAAUUGAAUUCAUUACGUCCUAUAAUAUCUGAAUUAGAGGCCAAGGUGAAGGAUCAAGGUGAAGUCAUCCUCAUGCUUAAACAGAGGCUUCACGAUAACUCUUCCAAACAAUUUACUUCUCCAAUGCGUACUAGUUCAGUUCCACAGCAACAACCGGACGGGUCUUCUGGUCAUCAUGAAAAUGGUGGUCAUACUCUUGCAAGUCACGACAAUAUAGGCUGUCAAAAAGACAAUCACAUCCAGCAUGGUGUUGAUAAUGUUUCUCUUGCUACGAAUGAUCCAAACAAUGCUCCUGAGGAAGAAUUAGACGUUUCCUACACUCAAAUUAUUAACGUUGCAUUUGACCUGUAUGAUUUGAAGGAUACCAAUCUCUCAACUUCUAAGGACAGUAAUAAUGAUGCGUCCCGACCACAUACCAGCAACUCGUUUCUCAAUCAGGAUGGUAAAAAUAAUCAGCCCCCCAAGGUCCCACUCCACCCACCCAAACCUAUUGUCUUUAAACAGCCUGUGUUUUCUGUACCUGAAGAGCGUCCCAAAAGGAGACUUCGUUCACCAAUCACUAGCCCGUUACACCCCAGGUUCAAAUGCACUCCAAAAGUGCAAGAAGCAACGCCCUUCGCAUAAACUUUGCCCAUUUGCUCUAGACCCUUUAGUUGAGUUGAAACCUCCAUCUUAGCGGCUCAGGUUUACACAGUUCAUCAUACAAGAAGUAGUAAGAGGGCAUAGAUCUACAUCUGUACCCAAGAAGUAUUUAUCAGAAGAAGAUAAAUCCAUUCAUUUGGUUUUUUUUAUGAUGUGGUCAUAGAUAGCAAGUCAUGGAUCUAUCGUCUACAUGAGCCUGCACAGUGGCUAGACGCCAUGGCAGCUACUUAUCCAUACCCUGAAAAAAUCUCCACUUGUUUCACAUACAUCCCUGAUUAUUUGAACAAGAUGGAUGUAUGAUAAAUACAAGGCAGGUGCUAUUCAUCCUGAAGACUCGCCCUCUGAUGGUUAUUUAGUUGAAGAAAUAGCAGGUGCAGAGGAACUGUACAUGCCACCAUUCUGGGAGUGUGAUCGUGUCUACAUUCCUCUGAAUCUUUUCGAAACGCACUGGUGUUUGGUUGUGUUGGAUAUUCACAAGCACUGUUUAUUUAUGUAUGACUCAAACAUACGUCGUGCUACUAAGAAAGCCAAGACAGUGGAGUACAUGCGUGGCCUAAUUCAUUACCUUCCCAAAGUUGUAGCAACACUCAAGGCACAUCAGCAGAAUGCAUCAUUCAAUGAUGCUCCAUCAUACAAAUUGGAAGUCUUUGAAGAUGUACCGCAACAAGAUAAUGGGGGAGAUUGUGCUAUCUUUAUGCUUAAGUUUGCGGAGCUUCUACAGAUGGGAAUUAAUAUCAAGAAGCUUUGUCCAUCGAAGAUUCUAGAGUAUCGGGCAAAGUGGGCUCACGACCUCUAUCAAUAUGGGGACCAAAAUGAAAACAAAGUGUAGCUCCUGAAGAUGCACAACAUAAUUUACUUUAGCAAAUGUCCCUCUGUCUUGUAUUAUUUAUUUUUGAAUCAUACCGCACUGUUUCCUGUUACUUUUGUUGCACUAUUGUGCACGGUUCAGCUUGGAUAUUUUUUUGUAUACUCUUUCAUUUCAUUGGAAAUGACAGCAACUUUUAAUAUGUUUUGC